CUUCCACUUCCUGUGGCGCCCUGUUGUCAAAUGUCCGCAGCGACCAAAAUAAAACAAACAGGCUGUAAAGACUUUGGACAACUCGCUGUUAUCAGUGCAGAGGGGCAUUCUGCUCUUGUGUCUACAGACUACAGCCAUGCUGACUUGUGAGAUAUGUGGUAUGGAGAUACUGUUGGAGGAGGACAUGAAGACGCAUCUCCUUCUUUUCCACCUGGAAAAUGACCAUCAUUGUCCCCUCUGUGGUCUGUCUGGAGUUAGUUAUGAUGAGCUCUGUUUCCACAUCACGUCUGCACAUCCUGAAGAUCAUCAAGGCCAAAGUCCAAAGUCUCCUAAUGGUUCAAAUGCAAGAAAAAAUGAAAGCAAAGAGUCCAAAACCAAUCGGUCACUAAGAUUUGACAGCAGUGCCCUCGCUGAUAAGAGAGACUUGGGGUCAUCUGGACAAAGUGGAACAGAAAAUCUACAUUUAUCACCUGGAGAGAGUUAUGAGUGCACUAAAGACUUAAGAAAGCAGGUUUCUGAAAUCUCAGACCGAAUUAAUCCCAAUGAGAUAGGUGAAUUUCGACAGAUCCAGAAUUCACCAGAAGGAGAGAAGCUGCUCCCCUGUCCCAUGUGCACACUGGUCUACAGUUGUCCCUAUCUACUGCAGGAACAUGUUGAGCUGCAUCUUUUGGAACAGGAAUCAGACUCGGCGUCAGAGAUGUGUUCACCAGCUGCGACAUCAACCAGCAACCUCUCAGAGGCAGUAUGGUUUGGAUGGCAGAGGAGGUUACCGUCGACAGAUGGAGAGGUCCAUGGAGAGAGCCGUUGCAAGCGGCCAUCUUGCACCAGCUGAGUUUCAUCUGAAGAGAGCCGAGAUGAUGGAGCGUCUGGCAUCAGGGAUUGAUGAUGGCUCCAGCAGAACCCAGGGUAUUAUCCAAGCAUUAAAGGAUUACUACCAAGCUGAAUGCAGGGACUGUGUCCAUGUGUGGCUGAGUGCUGACACUGACCAUUAUAGCUCUUCUGCUGGUGACACAGGCUGGGGCUGUGGAUACAGAAACUUCCAGAUGCUCCUUUCUUCCCUUCACAGAAUAGAAACGUAUUCUUCAGCUCUGCAAGAAAAGACGGUGCCUUGUAUCCCUCGGGUGCAGAGGAUGAUCCAGGAAGCUUGGAAGGAAGGGCUUGAUCCCCAGGGGGCAUCACACUUCAAUCAUCAGUUGGAGAGAACAGAGGCCUGGAUUGGAGCCACAGAGAUAUACGUCCUCCUCACAUCGCUCGGAUUGAGGGGACGCAUAAUAGACUUCCACCAGCCAACCGGCAGCAGGAAUACCCAUCCUCAGUUGUUUGACUGGGUAAAGAAAUACUUCUGUCCAUCCAGUGUAAGCAACAGACUGUCCCCCCGACUCAUCCUGACCAGCCUACCACCACUUUAUCUGCAACACCAAGGUCACAGCCGAACAGUAGUUGGUUUGGAGCAGAGGAAGAAUGGAAAUCUGUGCCUCCUGCUUUUGGAUCCUGCCUCUUCAGCCUCUGACACCAGAAAGCUGCUGAAUAGAGACACAUGUUGCACGGCCAUUCAGUUCAUCAGAAAGUUUCCCAGAAGCCUAAAGCACAAACAGUACCAGCUUGUAGCAGUGGAAGGUGUGCUGUCAUCUGAGGAGAAAGAGAUGAGAAUCCUCAGCUCCAGGAACUUAUGUGCGGAAAGGAUCCCCUGAACACAAAUUGGUCUUUCCUGUUUUGAAUGCUCCUGUUGCUGGAUGCAUUUUUGUACAAUAAUGAUGUGCUGUGAAAGUUAUUUCCAAUUUUAAAUUUACC